UUACUAUGUGUGCUGUCGGUCGCUAGAAGGCGCGCUUUUGUUGUGUUGUUAGUUGUUUGGUUAAAAAACUAUUUGCUCCGUGUUGUCAAUUCGAAAAUUUUGCACAAAAUGUCGAAACGGUUCAGCACGGGCCAAAGUAACACCCUUCUGAAUUAUUUCCAAUCUCCGAAAAGCUCAAAUGGUAAAGACGUCAAGCAAAACGGCGCCGGGAAAAGGGAUCUUGUUUCUAAUAAGGACGAGGGAGACGUAUUCCCAGUUCAAGCCAAGAAACGCAAGAAAACGACAAUUAUCGACAGUGACUCAGACGAUGAGCAUUUGCCGAUCCAGCCAACACCCAAGAAGUCGAAAAACGGGAAGAAACGGCCGGUGAGCGACUCAGACAGCGAGUCUUCGGACAGCGACAGCAAGCCCGCCGAGAAGUCGCUCAAACUGUCCGCUUCCAAGACAAAUGAGAAAAGCGCAGCCAAAGCGGCCCCAAUUGUCAGCGAUCUUAACACCAAUUGGUUGCACAAUCGGCUUGACUUCCUCCAACCCAAUAAAAUCCGCGAUGUUAAUAAGAGACGGCCCGAUGAUCCAGACUAUGACCCUCGCACACUUUACAUUCCUCAGAGCUUCCUGGAGAAGCAAACUCCGGCAAUGCGUCAGUGGUGGGUCCUGAAAAGCACCCACAUGGACUCGGUUUUGUUCUUCAAAGUUGGAAAGUUCUACGAGCUUUACCACAUGGAUGCCGUUGUGGGGGUCACACAACUGGGGUUUUCCUACAUGAAGGGGGAGUUCGCCCACUCCGGCUUUCCCGAAAGCGCCUACCAUAAGAUGGCAAAUGCUUUAAUCGAGAAGGGGUUUAAGGUGGCAAGGACCGAACAAACCGAAACCCCCGAAAUGAUGGCCGAACGGUGCAAAAAACAGGGACGUGCCACCAAAUUCGAUAAAGUAGUCAAUCGGGAAAUUUGUCAAAUUUCAACGAAAGCCACUUGCGUGUACACCGCACAGUUGCCCGAUGCCAUGCAUUCGCAGUCUUGUUACAUGUAUGCCAUUGCAGAGAAGGACGUAACUGGUUCGCAAAGAAGAUUCGGAAUUUGUUUUAUUGAUACGUCCAUUGGCGUCUUCAAACUGGCAGAGUUUGAUGACGACAAACACUGUUCAAAGCUUUUAGUCUGUCUUUCGGAAUAUCCACCAGGAUUAAUCUUGACUGAGAGAAAGAAGCUGAGCUCCAAACUAAAACUAAUUUUAAACACCAACUACAGAGAUGUUCGGCGAGAAUCGCUGGCCCCCGAGAGUCAAUUUUACGGUGCCAGCACCACUAUUGAAAAAUUACUGAACGGGAAUUAUUUUCGUAACGAAAGUAAUGACCUGUGUUUGCCUGAAGUCCUCAAAAACGUCACAGACGGAUAUAACGCUAAGCCAGAGUUUGAGUUAAUGGUGAAAGCGUUAGGUGGCUGCUUGUGGUACUUGCAUGACUCUAAGCUCGACAUUCAGGUCGUUUCUUUGGGGAAAUUCGAGAUUUACCAGCCGUUGGAGAUGAAUGUGCGGGAGAAAAGCCCCCGCAGUUGCAUGAUUUUGGAUUCUGUGACCAUUGUCAACUUGAAUCUCUUGGGCGAAGAGAACAGUUUGCAAAAAACGUUGGAUUAUUGUCAGACUGCGUUUGGCAAAAGGUUGCUGACGCAGUGGAUCUGUCGGCCUUUGUGUGUCGUUGAGAAAAUUAAAGAACGACAAGAGGCGGUUCAAGAGCUGGUCAAAAACACGUCUUUGUUGAAAGACGCACAAGACGUUCUGAAAAAAUUGCCAGAUUUGGAGCGACAAUUGGCCAAGAUUCAUACUUACGGCAACAAAUUUUUUGCCCAAGAUCACCCCGACAGUCGCGCUGUUUUCUACGAAGCGGCCACUUAUUCGAAAAGGCGAAUUGGCGAUCUCUUGAAAACUUUGCAAGGGUUUGAACUGGCACAGAACUUGUGCCCGUUGUUCAAAGGCUGCCAGUCGUCGUUACUUAAGCGCUUGACUCAGUUUAAACCCGACGGCCAUUACGUUGAUUUGACCGAACUGUUGUUGUUUUUUAAACACGCGUUUGACCAAGAAGAGGCCCAGAAAGAAGGUAAAAUAAUCCCAAAGCCGGGCGUUGACGAGAAUUACGACCAGGCACAAGAUGCUAUCAAGGCAGUAGCGAAAAAACUCGAUGAGUAUUUAGUCGAACUGCAACAAUUUUUCGGCUGCAAAGUUACAUACUUCGGUUCGGAUAAAAAACGCUUCCAAAUUGAUAUUCCCGAAAGUCACACCAAGAAAGUAACAAGUGAAUACCAACUCGAAGGGACUAAAAAAGGCGCUAAGCCCUCAAAACGUUACUCAACGGCCAGAAGUCGGCAACUUCUAGCAGAGAUGAUGAAAGCGGAGAGCGAGAGGGCGAAAGUUAUCCAAGAUUUGAACCGGAGGAUUUUCCAGAAGUUUAGCGAAAAGCGCGAGCAGUGGGAGCAAGCCAUUGAUUGCAUUACUGUCUUGGACGUGUUGUGUUCUCUAGCGCAGUAUGCUUGCAAUUUCGGACAGGAUAUAUGUAUUCCUGAAAUUGAACCAAUGGGAAACUCAGAUAAAAUUGUCAUUGAAAACGGUCGUCACCCCUGCAUUACAAACAUUGAUAACUUCGUUCCCAACGACACUAAAAUGGGAGUUGCCGAUUUUGCGAACAUUUUGCUCAUCACUGGACCCAAUAUGGGUGGUAAAUCCACUCUGAUGCGUCAGAUUGCCAUUAUUUGUAUUAUGGCACAUAUGGGGGGUUACGUGCCUGCGUCCGGCUGUACUUUAUCUCUGAUUGAUCGAAUUUUUACUCGUCUGGGGGCUCAUGACGAUAUUGUUCAAGGCCAGUCUACGUUCUUGGUAGAACUGUCCGAAGCUGCAGUUAUCUUGCAUCAUGCGACGCCACAUUCGUUGGUCCUGCUUGAUGAGUUAGGUAGAGGUACUUCCACGCACGAUGGAAAUGCUAUAGCUACCGCGUAUGUGGAAAAACUAACAACGAUUAAUUGUCGGACGUUGUUUUCUACGCACUACCACAGUCUUGUGGACCAUUUUGAGGCGAGGCGAGACGUGCAGUUGGGACAUAUGGCUUGCAUGGUCGAAAACGACGACGAUCCGACUGAAGAGUCGGUUACUUUCCUGUAUAAGAUGGCAAGAGGGCGCUGUCCGAAGUCGUAUGGUUUCAACGUAGCGCGACUCUCGGGCUUGAAACAUUGCAUUGUUUCACGAGGGCGGGAAAUAUCCAAGCAGUUGGAGAAUGAAUCCAAAAGUCGUCAAGUUUUCAGGGAUUUAUUCACAUCUAGUGUGGCAACGAUUAGAUCUGCUAUGUCAAAGUUAUCUCUCUCUUAAUGCAUUUUUAUUACUUUUUUUAUAUACCACAGUGAAUAAACUAUUAUUUUGAUAUUUCUUAUUUGUGCUAAAUAAACGUUGAAUUAAUGAA